AGGAGGCAGGGUUGGGGGAUCACUCGGACCUCCUCAGUCCUGCGCCGGAGAAGCGAGUGGAAGGACGGCCGAGUGAUUUCAACGAGCGGAUUUUCGAUAACAGGCAGCAGCAUGAGGGCGGUGGCGCUGGUGUGUGUGGCUGUGGUCGCGGGCGUGGCGGCGGGCAUGGUGGUGACGCCCUUCGUGCCGAGGGAGGACCAGGCGGUGAUGCUCGACUGCCCCGGCACAGGCAACCUCCUGUACUGGGUCCUGCACGGGAGGGGCAAGGCGUACGAGCCGCAGUCGCAGUCGGAGGAGUUCACGGUCUACAACAACGGAACCAUCUCCUUCAAGAGCGUGAAGGUGUACCACGCCGGGACGCACCUGUGUGUCCGCAGCGCUGACGGCGACGUGAUGGCGUACGCGGUGGACCUCGACGUGCGCCCCCACCCCCCGGCGGAUAUGUGGAACGAGGUCUACAAGUACAAGUUCGGCGCCGGCCUCGUCGCGGCCCUCGUCUGCGCCGCCAUCUUCGGCCUCUCGUGCCUCGUCUACAAGAAGCGCUGGAGGCCCGAGGAAACGCUCGACACAGCGCCCAUUGUGAGCCAGGGUUACGACAACCCGACCCUGGCGAAGGACGAGGAGAACGGCGAGAGCACUCACAUCGACUCUCCACCUCAAGCCUCGUAGAGUUAAGUCCUCGUGUUUGCAAUAUAUUGCAAAUGCAGUCUAGUGCACAAAGCAUGGUAUUACUCAUUUGUAGAUCUAUCUUUU